AUGGUCCAACUAGCCAGGCGCGGGUCGCGUCGUUCGAGCCUCGCUUGGCUCACCGGAUCGCUCCUGCCCGGAGGCCCGCCGCCGGCCGCGACGACUGGUCCUGACCCGGACGACCCGGACGAAUCCUGCCCCGUGUGCCUCGAGCCGCUGCAGACCAGCGCGCGAUUGCAGCGACCCCGCGACUUUGCCUGCUCGCACGCCGUGUGCGAGUCGUGCUCUGUUCAGCUGGCUCGGAGAGCCCUCCCGUGCCCGCUCUGCCGCGCCAGCCGCCUUGACGGCGGGAAAUGCGCCCAGCGGACGCUCCCGUACUCGUCCAACGUCGGCAAGCUUCUCUUCCUCGCCGUAACGCCCGACGUGCCGCUCGCCGACCGGCGCGCGAUGCUGUCCGCGCUGGCCGAGUCCUCUGCCGCACCCACCGACGACGUGCUGAGGAGGCUUAACGCGCGGAUCGCCGCCGCGGUCUCACGCAUCCCGAACCGCUCUCCGUCGGUCGCGGUGCUGCCGAGCGACGCGUGCUGCUGGCGCGUGCUGGGCCUGCUCGCCGGCGUCGACUUCUUCUCUCCCUCGGGCGCUGCCGCGAACCAGGCGUCGCUCUCGGAGGAGCAGCAGGUCAGCCUGGCAGCCGCAACCUUCACGGCGAUGGAGGGCGGCGCGACGGAGGUCUGGCUCGAGGCGCUCGCGCGCGCCUCGGCCUCUGUGUCGGCGGCUGCGGCAUGA